AUGGUUUUGGAGUGUUUGUUGUGUGUGUUUUAUGUGUGUUUUUGGUUUUUGUUUGGUGUAUGUGGGUUUUUUGGUUUGUGUUUGUUUGUGUUUGAUUGGUUGUGGUUUGGUGUGGAUGGGGGUUGUGUUUGUUUGUUGUUUUUGUUUUGGUGUGGGUGGUUGUGUGGUUUUUGUUUGUUUGUUUGUGUGGGUUUGGUUGUUGUGGUUUUUGGUUUUUUUGGGUGGGUGUUGGGGGGGUUUUGUGUUAUGUUUGUUGAUGAUUUGGUUUGUUUGUGGGUGGGGGUGGUUUGUUGUUUUGGUGGGGUGGUGUUGUUUGUGGUUGGGGUGUUGGGGGGGGGGGUGUUGGUGGGGUUGUUGUGGGUUUGGUUGGUUGGUGUGUUGUUUUUGGUGGGGUUUUUUGGUGGAUUGUUGGGUUUGUUUGUGGGGUUUUUGGUGUGUUGUGGGUGGGGGGUGGUGUGUUGUUUUUUUGUUUUGUUGUUUUGUGGGGUUAUGGUUUGGUUGUUUUUGUUAGUGUGGUUUUGGUGUUGGGGGGUGUGUGGGUUUGUGUGUGUGGUGAUGGAUGUUUUGGUGGGGUUUGGUGUUUGUGGGUGGGUGGUUUUUUUUUUUGUGUUUUUUGUUAUAUGGAUGGGUUUUUUGUUUGUAUUGUUGUGUGUUUUUAUGUGUUGGUUGUGUUUGUUUGUGGGUUUGUUGGUUUUGUUGGUUUAUUUGGUUUUUGUUGUGGUGUUAUGGGGUUGUGGGGUGGUGGUUUUGGUUUUGGUUGUGGUUGUUGUGGGGUGUGAUGGUUGUUUGGUGUGUUGGGUGUUUUUUGGGUGUUUUGUUUAG